AUGAAACAUAUGCCUACGAAUUUUCGUCCUGAAAACCUUGUCAAGCUUCAAAUGCGGGAUAGCAAACUCCAAAAGUUGUGGGAAGGGGUUCAUUCACUUGCAGGGCUCAUGGUAAUGGAUUUGAAAGAAUCUAAAAAUCUGGAAGAAGUACCAGAUCUUUCUCUGGCCACUAAUCUCCAGACACUUGAUCUUUCUUAUUGCUCGAGUUUGGUGGAGCUUACUUCCUCUAUUCAGUAUCUCAAAAAACUGAAGUGGCUGCAUAUGUCAUACUGUGAAAAUUUGAAGACUCUUCCCACAGGGAUGUACCUCCAGUCUCUUGAUCACCUUAUCCUCGGUGGGUGCUCUCGGCUGAAGAUUCUUCCUGAUAUUUCGACAAACAUCUCAACCCUUAUUCUAGACGAAACAGGGAUUGACGAGUUCGGUUUUAUCUUUCGUCUUAAGAAACCAAUUAGUCUUGGUUUCUGCAAAACGAAGAUUGAGAAAUUGUGGGCAAUGGAGCAGUCACUUGCAGGGCUCAGGGAGAUGGUUUUGGAUGGAUCUAAAAAUCUGGAAGAAGUACCAGAUCUUUCUAUGGCCACUAAUCUCCAGAUACUUCAUCUUGACUAUUGCUCGAGUUUGGUGGAGCUUACUUCCUCUAUUCAGCAUCUCAAUAAACUUAAGACGCUGCAUAUGUCAUACUGUGAAAAUUUGGAGACUCUUCCCACAGGAAUGUACCUCCAGUCUCUUGAUCACCUUUACCUCGGUGGAUGCUCGCGGCUGAAGAUUCUUCCUGAUAUUUCGACAAACAUCUCAAUCCUUAUUCUAGACGAAACAGGGAUUGACGAGUUCAGUUUUAUCUUUCGUCUUAAGAAACCAAUUUUUCUUGGUUUCCGAAAAACGAAGAUUGAGAAAUUGUGGGCAAUAGAGCAGCCACUUACAUCAAUCAUAACCAUGCUGUCUCCAACUUUAAGGAGAUUGUUUCUCUCAAAUAUCCCAAGUCUGGUGGAACUUCCUUCCUCUAUCCAGAAUUUACACAAUCUUGAUAUUCUGGAAAUUACAGAAUGCAUAAAUCUGAAGACUCUUCCCACUGGUAUCAACCUUCAAUAUCUCCAUGACCUUAUCCUCAGAGGAUGUUCACGUUUGCGGACUUUUCCUGAUAUUUCAACCAGCAUAGAACAACUCUAUCUAGGCCGAACAGGGAUUGUAGAGGUUCCUUGGUGGAUCAAUAAGUUCUCUAAGCUCGAAUACCUAGGCAUGGAGAGCUGCAGCAACUUGGAGCGUGUAUCCCUUAACAUUUAUAAACUGAAAGACCUUUUAGUUGACUUUUCAGACUGUGGCGCAUUGACUGAAGCUAGCUGGACUGAUUUUCCAGAUAAUCUUUCCCCAGAAGUCAGUACCUAUUUCAGCUGCCUCAAUUUGGAUCCAGAAGCUCUCCUUCACCAACGUCCAUUUGUUUUUGAGCAAUUGGUCAUGUCAGGUGAAGAAGUGCCGUCAUAUUUCACUCACCGUACAACUGGAACCUCCUCCUCUUUAACCAUCCCUCUACCUCCCACUUCUCUCUCGCAGCCAUUUUUCAGAUUCAGGGCUUGCGUGUUGGGGUUUUUUGACUCUGUGAACACUUAUGGUAAUAAUAUGGUAUUUAUCCGUGUCGACUGUCGGUUUAGAGGCAUAUUUGGGGACAGCUUUGAUUAUUUUGGCCAGCAACAACUUUUUCGAAAAAAUAAGAUUGAUAGUUAUCUAUUUAUAUUUGAGUGUCGUAUCCCUCUAAACAAAGACAUUUCUCCUAUAUGUCAACUAAACUACGAUCACGUGGAUGUACAACUUCAUUUAAGUAAUAGAAUGGACGCUACAUUCAGAUCGAAAAUAUUGGAUCCUCAGGAAUUGCAUCAUCUGAGUAAUAUCAGUGAGUCCAAGUUCAACUUAAAAGGAUGGGGUAUACGACUCGCUGAGGACUGCUUAUCACCGAAGAACCAACUUGGUGAUCCAAAUACUCUUCCACGAGUUUGUGAGGACAAUAUAGUUAAACAAGAGUGUCGAGACAGUUGUGAAGAGACAGAGAACAACAAUAAGCGAAUGCGGAUUACGUGA